CGCGCGUGGUGACGUCACGCAGAGGGGCGUGGCCUGGCGGGCCGGAAGGGGACCGAGCAUCUUCUGCGAGAGGGACCGAGCCGGUAGGGAGGCGGCACCUGAAGCUCCGGUUUGGCCGGAGGAAAGCGGACACACGCCCCAGCGUUACAUCCCCAUGGGGUUUCUGUGGGAAGACCUGGAUUCCCAACCUAAGGCGUUUCUGUUUUCUCCCUUUUUACCACUUUGAUUCCAACCUUCAAUUAGAAGUGAGUCAUCUCGUUUUCUGCAUAACCCUUCUUUUUGGCACUGAGUUUGUGGACAUCUCCUGCGCACUAUGCCUAAAGUUGUGUCCCGGUCAGUUGUCUGCUCCUACACCCGAGACCGGGAGGAAUACGAGGACGGCGAGAAGCCCCUCCACAUCUACUACUGUUUGUGUGGCCAGAUGGUUCUGGUGCUGGACUGUCAGCUGGAGAAAUUGCCCAUGAGGCCCAGGGAUCAGUCCCGGGUGAUCGAUGCUGCCAAACACGCCCACAAGUUUUGUAACACGGAAGACCAGGAGACUACGUACCUCCGCAGGCCGGAAGGCAUUGAACGGCAGUACAGAAAGAAGUGUGCCAAGUGCGGACUGCCGCUCUUCUACCAGUCCCAGCCAAAGAAUGCUCCUGUGACCUUUAUUGUGGAUGGAGCAGUAGUCAAGUUUGGCCAGGGUUUUGGGAAAAUGAAUAUGUAUCCUCCGAAGCGAGAGCCUCCCAAGAAGGUGAUGGUGACCAAACGAACGAAAGACAUGGGCAAGUUCAGUUCUGUCACUGUGUCGACUAUUGAUGAAGAGGAAGAGGAGAUUGAGGCCAGGGAGGUGGCUGACUCGUAUGCACAGAAUGCCAAAGUGAUUGAAAAACAGCUGGAGCGCAAAGGCCUGAGCAAAAGGCGGCUGCAGGAGCUGGCUGAGCUAGAAGCCAACAAAGCGAAAAUGAAGGGGACUUUGAUUGACAACCAGUUCAAAUGAUCAGGACCGUUCUCUGAACCCAGACUAAAGGCAAGCAUGUAGACCAGGAGGCAAACGAACUUUUUCUUGACUGCAUGGACUGGUUCCUACCUUUCUGCCCCAGCAAAAGGCCUGAUGUUGCUUCCUAUAUUCAAUGAGGUCUUUGAAUCCAUCUGACCUACUUUCUAGAAAUGAAUUUU